AUGGUUGCAAUUUCCAUAGUCAUAGCUUUUAUAGCGUCUAUCUUUCAAGUUACACAAGCAUUCUGCGUUUACAAUCGGUUAACAGCUUCAACAGAUCUUCCGACAUUUGUUAGAGUAACUGCCGGGCAAAUAAAAAGGGAUAGCUUUAAAGCUACAUUAGUUGGAUACGACUCCAAAGCUUGCUGUCCUUUUACUAACAGAAGUUGCAACCGUACUGGUUCACUUAUCAAAAGAUACGAUCUAUCUUUUGACGGUGAAACAACUCCUUUAAGUCCUGGAUCCUAUUGUGACGCUGGGGGAGCACUCGCACUCUAUGGGACUUACGAAAACUUUUAUGCAGAGUGUACAAGUCCAAAUGGGACGGUUUCUGAAGCCUAUGUCAAUCGUUGGGGAAUACCUCCGACUGAAGAUCUUGGAAUUCUUUAG